UCGCGUCUGUCAAAAGGGGAAAAAUCCUCGCACUUUGUUUACGUACCUACGCGAAGAAUCGCGGACAGAAUUCAGAAUUUCGCAGUCGCACGGUGAAUAAAUUACCAAUCUCAAAAUUCCUACGAAAAAUGUGAAAACCAGCGCUCCCGCAAUGUCACUCCCGCUCAAGUACGGUGCCAUAAAGCAGGCACUAGUGCCGAAAAGUGAUUUCAACCGUUACCUGGUGGCAUUUGUUGGGGCUCUGGUCCUGCUGGCGCUUUUGUUUGGUGGCAGCUCGGUUUCGGAAGCGGAUGGCGAGCGGCUCUCGUUGGAUCUGGUAGACAUCCCGCAGAUUGUGCUCGACAAGGAUGUGGAGUUGGCACGGGCUCGAAAUAGGAACUGUUCCUACUGGGACUGCUUCAAUGUGUAUCGGUGCGGACAGAGAGGGCUGACGGGGGGCACCGAGGAACAGCAGGAACGGAUCUCGAUUUAUGUUUACCCGCUGAAGGAGUACGUGGAUGGGGACACGCGGAAGCAGGCGUUUCAACUGACGAAGGAGUUCUACACGAUUUUGAAGACGAUCGUGAACAGUCCGUAUUAUACGGCCAAUCCGAACGAGGCCUGUCUCUUUGUUCCGACGUUGGACACGCUCAAUCAGAAUCGGAUCGAUGUGAAUCUGGUGGGAAAGGCGCUGGCUUCGUUGCCCUACUGGGAGAAUGGCGAGAACCACAUUUUGUUCAACUUCAUAGCCGGAUCAGCGCCAGACUUCAACACGGUUCUGGACGUGAACACCGAUCGGGCCAUGAUCCUCGGGUCAGGAUUCGACAGCUGGACGUUCCGACCGGGAUUCGAUCUCCCCAUGCCAAUGUUCAGCUCAAUUCUAGAACACCACCAGUUGAAUUCUAUGAAUCUGGAUCGAAAGUUCUUGCUGAUAUCGUCGCAGCUGAACAUUUUCCAACGACAGUAUCGAAUCAUGCAGGAGUUGACUUACGACUUUCCGAACGACAUCCUGUUGUUGCAACGCUGUCCAACAACGACCGUCAAAGCGGAGGAAAGUUUCGACGCUUCACGGCCUAUCGAGACGGCCAGCAGUCCUGAAGAACUGAUCAAAUCGAUCAAGGAUAUUCGUUGUAAUUUCCCGCAGGGCAACGAAUACGAAUAUCCUGGCGUGUUGGAGAACGGUCAGUUCUGCUUGAUUGCUAGAGGAGUCCGACUUUCGCAACCAACGCUAAUGGACGCAUUAGCAGCCGGGUGCAUUCCUGUGAUCAUGUCAGACAACCUAAUUCUUCCGUUCAGCGACAUUCUCGACUGGGACCUAAUCUCCAUACGAAUCUACGAGAACAAUCUCCACUCGGUGAUCACCACCCUCAAAGCAGUAUCCAAAGAACGCAUCCAAGAACUCCGAGCCCAAGGAGCUUACGUCUACGAUCGCUACUUUUCCAGCCUCGAAAAGAUCAUCCUGACAACCCUUGAUCAACUAAACGAUCGUAUCUUCCCGCAUCUCAGCAAGACCUACAUGCACUGGAACGUUCCAAAAACCCAACAUUCCACACAGAAUCCCCUAUUCCUCCCACUUAUCGCUCCAAAAUCCCAAGGCUUCACAGCCGUGAUCCUCACCUACGAUCGCAUCGAGAGCCUUUUCAUCCUGAUCCAGAAGCUCGCCACAGUUCCAUCCCUUCAGAAAAUUCUAGUCAUCUGGAACAACCAGAAAAAGUCCCCGCCCCAUCCAUCGCUCUUUCCCAAAAUCGGCAAACCGCUCAAAGUGAUCCAAACCACGGCCAACAAGCUCUCCAAUCGGUUCUACCCGUACGAAGAGAUCGAAACCGAAGCCAUCCUCACGAUCGACGACGACAUCGUGAUGCUGACCGCGGACGAGCUGGACUUUGGCUACGAGGUGUGGCGCGAAUUCCCCGAUCGGAUCGUCGGUUUCCCAUCGCGGACGCACGUCUGGGACAACGCGACCAACCGGUGGCGCUAUGAGUCCGAGUGGACCAACCAGAUCUCGAUGGUCCUGACGGGGGCCGCCUUCCAUCACAAGUACUGGAGCUACAUGUACACCAACGCCAUGCCCGGCAACAUCAAGGACUGGGUCGACGAGCACAUGAACUGCGAGGACAUUGCCAUGAACUUCCUGGUGGCGAACAUCACCAACAAACCGCCGAUCAAGGUGGCCCCGCGGAAGAAGUUCAAGUGCCCCGAGUGCACCAACAACGAGAUGCUGUCGGCGGACCUGAACCACAUGAUGGAGCGAUCGGCUUGCAUCAACCGGUUUGCGGAGAUCUACGGGACGAUGCCACUAAAGACGGUGGAGUUCCGGGCCGAUCCGGUACUAUUUAAGGAUAACUUCCCGGAGAAGUUGAAGCGGUUCAACGACAUCGGUAGCCUGUGAGGAGCAGGCGACUCGAGGUGCAAUUUUGAAUAGGGGAAUCGUGUUUAAGGCAUUUACUUAGUGUAAGCUUUGUGGUGCGUGCAGUUAGUGUUGCAGAGCGUUAUGCUGCCAUAGUAGUUCUCAUAUCAACGUUAGUCGAUUAGUUUUAAAAAAUAAUUAGAUGUAUCACAGAA